AAUAUAAACCAAGCUCCCUCCCUCCUCUCUCUCUCUCUCCUCUCUCUCUCUCUCUUAACGCGUCCUCCAGUUUCUUCCAUUUUCUCGCUCUCUCUCUAUAGAGCCAAAAGCUCAAUGGGCCGCUACAUGAGGAAGACCAAAAGCGGUGAGAUCGCAGUAAUGGAGCUCAGCAGCCCGCAGUCAGCCGUCGGGGUCCGAACCCGGGCGAAAACCCUAGCCCUCCAGCGCCUUCAGAGCGACUCCUCGUCUUAUCUCGAGCUCAGAAGUCGCCGCCUCGAGAAGCCCAAGGAAUUGUGCAGGGAAAGCCCUAAUAAAUCCAAGUCAGCGGUGUCUAGCCCUAGCUCGAACGGGGAAGAGGUCGAAGCUUCGUUUGGGGAGAAUUUUCUCGAUUUUGACCCGGCAAGGAACAUUAGGGAAACAACACCUUGCAGUUUGAUUAGGGAUCCUGACUCAAUACCAACUCCUGGCUCUACGACGAAGAAAUCCAAUAAAAGUAGUAAUCGCCGAAGAACUCACAACUCAAUUCACCAAAAUAUCCCGAACACCCACGAGAUGGAGGAGUUCUUUGCUUGUGCCGAGAGAUUUCAACAGACAAUAUUUACCGAAAAGUACAAUUACGAUCCUGUGAAUGACUGCCCUCUCCCUGGUCGAUAUGAGUGGGUAAAAGUGGAGUAAAGAAGCGUGUAAUGAUCUGUAAACGUACAGAAUUCAUGAGUUACACCUAGAAUUCAAGAAGACGAUUAACCGAUAAAUUCAAGUGUAUCUCUAACAGAUCAUUGUAGGUGGGGUGGGGGUUAGAUAGCGUCGAGGGGGGUAAUUAACUUGUUCAAUUUUGCUGAUGUAACUCCAUGCUAAGUUUAUGUUUCAGUUAAUGUAUUGUGGGAAAUAAAAUGUCGCUUUUGCUCUGUGUUUUCAGAUUCA